GCAAUCGUUGCCGUUGGUCCGUUUCCUCGAAAAUCAUUUAAUUUUGCUUUGAAAUGUGUGUUGCAUAAAUAACAGGCAAAAAUGUUCGGUUGUUAUUACGUGUCAUCUGUCAUUUUUCUGCUUUCGGUCUAGUUUUCAUGGGGUUUUUAUGAGAAGUUUUAAAUUCAGUGAUUUAUUUUUAGGAUAAAAAGUGGUCGUGUUUGUAGUGUGUAAGUAAUAACGGAACUCUAACCUCUAACUUAAACGUUGUGUUUAUUAUUCGCUGCUAAAUAAUCAUGACGAGAAAUUGUUGUAUUCCGAAUUGCAAAUACAAUCAUAAAAUUCGGCAUUUGUUUCCAAAUCCCACUAAGAACAUUGAACGGUUUAAAAUGUGGAUACAGGCAUUAAAUGUUACGGAAUUGACUGAAAUGGACCCCGUGUUGGUGUUUACCGGAAAACGUGUUUGUAAUAUUCAUUUCGAAGAAAAAUAUAAGUCCUCUACAUCAAAGCGGCUACAUUUAAAUGCUAUCCCAACUUUAAAUUUAUUACCUGAAUCGGUCGAAAGUGGUUGUUUUUCUCUAGAGUUGGAGCCAUCAACAUUAAAAAGUGAAAUUGUAGAUGACGAUUUAUCUAUAGAGGAGCAUCCAUUAGGCAGUAUGUAUUUAAUAUAUUUUAAAAGUUGUAUUUUUUCAUACUUUAUUUUAGUUGUAAAAGAAGAUCACAAUUAUUUUACAUGCGAUCAGGAAAGAGACUCGGGAGUCGAUGGUUUUGUUGAAGCAAACGAUGUCACGAACUUUGCUUUCAUUCAUUCGGAGUUUUUGAAAGUAAAGCAACAAUCGCUACAAGCUCGACCGGUUUCCCAAUUAAAGGUCGUCAAUGCUUGCAGUAUUGGCGACGAUAACAACGUCGCCACGCUGCCGGAAAGCUGGAGCGUUACUCAAACAACUCGAGAUAAAGGCACCGAAAUUACCCUCUGUCAUUUAACCGUUUUCUACGCCGGUAACACCAGGCAAUUGGUGUCCAAAAGAUACUUCGUCAUCGAGAGCUGGAGCCGCCGCAUGCAAUAUUUCCUUUACGGACGACGCAUCGACCACGCGGAUUUACCGGAAAUCCUCGACGACGUCUCCGCGCUGCCGGCGAUCUUGGCGAAACUCCAUCGGAUGCGGCUGUGCGUAGGCCUCGGCCCCGUCGACGUCAGGUUCUUGAAAGGCGAAGAAUUCGAAGAUUGCACGCGUUCGUGGCAUCACAACGAGUGCAGCUUAAUAGCGAAGAAGAAGAAGUGCGAAAAAUGUAAGCUGCUUAGAAAACUUGUGUGGCAACGGGAGAAUCGGUAUAGGAAGGAAAAGGGCGAUGCAUUAGCGGAGAAUGUUAGAGGUAGCGAACAAAGACUUGAAACUAGAAGACGUGGGAAAAAUCGAAUGAAACUCAGCUUGGAAGUGUGUGGAGGUCUGGAGUCGAAAAGAUUCAAGCCGAGAAUUCUUAAGGAGAUUUGCAGUAGUACUACUACUAUUAAGGACGCAAGCGAAUCUUGAUCGAGACGAGAUGCAACGAGAUGCAUCCAUGAAGCCGAAUACCUCGAUGAAGGUCCCAGUCCUUUUCGAUGGAUGUCUGUUUGUGUCGCCAGGGGCCAUAACAGAAAACUCUAAGACUCUAGGAGGACAUGGUCAGAUGUUUCAUCAGCCAUGUCGCAAUCUCUGCAAAGAGGACUUUCAUGUAAACCUGGUGGUCACGGGGCUGGAAAGACCGCCCGCAUAAAAAACAACAACAAACCUGGGUUAUAGAGGUGCUUUCCCAGAUAAUAUGAGUCAUGCGCGAACAAGCGUAGAUACACUAAAACGUAUUUCGAGAGUUGUCGAUGGUCGGACAAUGUUGAUGGUAGUGAAAAAAAGUCUUGAAACAAGAAGACCGACGAUUCUUAAGGAGAUUUGAGGUAGUAAUCUGAAGGAACGUCGUCAGCGUAUGAAGGAGGAGUUCGAUGGGAUUACUCGUAAUGAAGAGUGAGAGGAGGAUGAUAUUUUUCUUGCUGAGGCUGAUUAUUGCCUUUCAAGUGCGCUCGAUGGGAAAAAUGAGAAAAUUUCGCUCGAAGCAGAUAGCUGUGCAGACAGGUUCUUCGGCAAUUCCUCUUCCUGUAGCCUAUAAUGUAUGCUCCGAUGCCAUCCUCGAGCAGGAUAAAAGUCCAGUU